AUGUCUGGACGUGGAAAAGGAGGCAAGAGUAAAGCUAAGCCAAAGAGUCGGUCAUCUCGUGCCGGUCUUCAAUUUCCUGUGAGUCGUGUUCAUCGCUUUCUUCGUAAGGGGAAUUACGCGAAACACAUUGGUGGCGGUGCUCCCGUUUAUCUCGCAGCAAUUAUGGAAUAUUUGACAGCUGAAAUUUUAGAAUUGGCUGGCAAUGCAGCUCGUGAUAAUAAAAGGAGCAGAAUUAUUCCCCGUCACAUUCAAUUGGCUAUUCGGAAUGAUGAAGAAUUAAAUCAACUCUUAUCUGGAGUGACCAUUUCUCAAGGUGGUGUUUUACCGCACAUUCAUUCGGUUCUAUUGCCAAAAAAAACUGGGAAAAAGGAUCUCGAUUAAAUUCGAGCAAACAAAGUUUUAUUUACAUAUCAAUCGGCCCUUUUCAGGGCCUACAAUUUUUUUAACAAGAUAAUGCUUUUGUACAUUUCUACUUUUUUAUGAUUUAUUUCUUUUAUGCAAUUGUUUAAUGUCUAAAUUAAGUACUUUUUAACGUUGUAAUGACAUUAAUAAUUAAUCGAAUUAGUUUUUAACCUAUUUGAAUCGUCAAAUAUUGCUUUUGACAAAUAUAAAUUAUUUAAUGCAAAAUCUAAAACAAA